UUAAUGAAAUGUCCCCGCAUGCGUAGAGGGCAUGUAGGGAGGGAGGUGGAAGCACCAGGAGGAGGAGGAGGGGAGGGGUAGAGAGAGAAGGGAGGAGGGAUGGGGGAGGGGAAAAGGGAGCGAGGUGUCUCCCCAGCUCGCAGCCUCUGGCAAGUGGAGUUUUUAAAAAGCUCGAGCAGAUCAUGUCAUGACGACUUCGCUGCUCCUGCAUCCUCGCUGGCCGGAGAGCCUUAUGUACGUCUAUGAGGACAGCGCGGCGGAGAGCGGCAGCGGCGGCGGCGGCGGGGGAGGCGGCGGCGCGGGCGGCGCGGGGGGUGGCUGCAGCGGAGCGAGCCCCGGCAAAGCCCCGAGCAUGGACGGACUGGGCAGCAGCUGCCCGGCCAGCCACUGCCGCGACCUGCUUCCGCACCCCGUGCUGGGCCGCCCGCCGGCUCCCCUGGGCGCCCCUCAGGGCGCCGUCUACACGGACAUCCCUGCCCCGGAGGCGGCGCGCCAAUGCGCCCCGCCGCCGGCUCCCCCCACCUCGUCCAGCGCCACCCUGGGCUAUGGCUACCCUUUCGGUGGCAGCUACUACGGCUGUCGCCUGUCGCACAACGUGAACCUGCAGCAAAAGCCUUGCGCCUACCACCCGGGCGAUAAGUACCCCGAGCCGUCGGGCGCCCUGCCGGGUGACGACCUGUCCUCUAGGGCCAAGGAGUUCGCCUUCUAUCCCAGCUUCGCCAGCUCCUACCAGGCGAUGCCCGGCUACCUGGACGUGUCUGUGGUGCCUGGGAUCAGCGGGCACCCGGAGCCGCGUCACGACGCGCUCAUCCCCGUCGAAGGCUACCAGCACUGGGCUCUCUCCAACGGCUGGGACAGUCAGGUGUACUGCUCCAAGGAGCAGUCGCAGUCCGCCCACCUCUGGAAGUCUCCCUUUCCAGACGUGGUCCCCCUACAGCCCGAGGUCAACAGCUACCGGCGCGGGCGCAAGAAACGCGUGCCCUACACCAAGGUGCAGCUGAAGGAGCUAGAGAAGGAGUAUGCGGCCAGCAAAUUCAUCACCAAAGAGAAGCGCCGGCGCAUCUCGGCUACUACGAACCUCUCGGAGCGCCAGGUCACCAUCUGGUUCCAGAACCGGCGGGUCAAAGAGAAGAAGGUGGUCAGCAAAUCAAAAGCGCCUCAUCUUCACUCUACCUGACCGCCCACCCAGCCGCCCGCCCCGUCUAUUUAUGUCGCCGAUUUGUACCAUAUCUGAACACACCCAAGGACGCUUUUCGGGUACAGACAAAUAUUUAAUGUUAACCAGAAAGAGGAACCACUCCGCUGGGAGGCAGAGGGUAUCAGAGGGUGUGCUCUGCCGCCCUCUACUCCCCACCCCAUCCUCAACCCUCACCCCUAUGCAGAUGGCACCUACCCCGCCUCAGCAGCUUUGGAGGUGGGUCCGGGCGGGCGUGGGAGGAAGGCAGCCUUCCUCCACUCCCUCUGGCCGUCGCCCCUCGCCUUGCCAGAACGCUGAGUGGCACGAAGAGCCCAAUCAUUCCAGCCAAAGCAGAGUUGGGGAACCCGGAAUGACCCCAUUUUUGCCUCAUCCUUUGCCGGGGCAGGUAGAUGACCCCCCCGAGGGUGCAACCCCGAGCAGGACCUGGCGAGCUCCUACUUUCCUUCCAGUCCUUCCUCCUGUUCCCUGUCCCUCUGGCACUCCUUAGUUAGGCAAGAUUUCCCAGUUAAGAUUUUUCUGUGCAUAUUUUAAAAGUCACAUUAAUAUAAAUGAUAAGUAUUAGGGAUCUGGCAUCGUGAUUGGAGUACAGACAGCGCUUAGGUUUUCUUUCUUUCCUGUUUCAACAAAAGCUGGAAUUGGUUAAGGAGCCACCUACCCUUCUCCCCCACCUGGACCAAGGAACUGAGUUUCUGAGGAGCCACCUUUGCCCCCAGGGCCUCCUCUGUUCUGCUUCUCAAGCAACAUGCGGAAAGCCAGGGAAGACAGAAACUCCCACCAUGCUGCUAAAUCUGUCUUCUCUCCUUCUCUGUCUCUUUCUCUCUCUCUGGUGAGGCUGAGGAUCAGGCCAGGCACAGAAGCAGAACUUUUUUCUAGGGAACGGACAAGCUUCUCUUCCAAGGGGAUGGAGAGUGGGUCCCCCAGCAGAUUCCCUCUCCAGUCGCUUCUCCAUCAAGGCAGUAGCUGAGAAGGCCUCACAUUUUCACUUUUACUCAUUGUCCAGAGGACAGCAGUUUUUCUUCCAGGAGGCCAAAAUAGCUGGCUCCCAAUUAGCCAGCUAACGUAGACGCUGCCUGACAUUUCCCUCCUCAAAGGCCAACUUGGUGCUGGGGGAUGGGGGCUCACCUUCUCCCUUCCCACUGGUGCAUUACAAAAGAGUGUUCUUUUGAAAUGUUCAUCCAAAAUAGGCUUUUUAAAAAUGUUGUGUAUCUGUAUAUAGUAUUGUGAUGUCUGGAUGACAAUGUACUGAAUGCAAAAAGGAAAAAAAUACCACAAACCUGUUUUUAAAAUAAAAUCUUUUUUUUUUGCCUU